AUGGCAGACAAUGUUACACAUAGCUACAUUUCAUCUUUCUUCCUAGUUGGUAUUCCUGGUUUGCAAGAUUUUCACUGCUGGAUUGGUAUCUCUGUCUGCCUCCUGUUUUCCCUGACCCUGCUGGGGAACAGUGUAAUCAUUGUAACCAUUAAACUGGAGCCAAGCCUCCACCAGCCUAUGUAUUUCUUCCUUUGCAUGCUGGCAAUGAAUGACAUGGCUCUUGCCUCUUCCACAGCCCCCAAGAUGCUUGGCAUCUUCUGGUUGGAAGCUCACAGUUUUGAGUUUAAUAUCUGCCUAGCACAAAUGUAUUUCAUCCACACGUUCUGCAUAAUUGAGUCAGCUCUUUUAGUUGCCAUGGCCUUUGAUCGCUAUGUAGCUAUUUGCAUCCCACUGCAUUAUACGACUAUCCUGACAACACCAAUGGUCAUUAAAAUGGGUCUGGGUGGUGUGACCCGAGCUGUCCUUAUGGUUUUACCUUGUCCGCUUCUCAUUAAGAGGCUACCAUACUAUACUAAAUAUGUCAUCAAUCACACCUAUUGUGAGCACAUGGCUGUGGUGAAGCUGGCCAGUGCCAACACUCUCAUUAACAGAGCAUAUGGAAUCUCGGUAGCCCUUUCAGUGAUGAUAUUGGACCUAGGGCUCAUAGCGACAUCCUAUAUCAAAAUCCUCCAGGCAGUCUUCCGGCUCUCUUCCCAGAAUGCUCGCUCUAAGGCACUGGGCACCUGUGCUGCCCAUGUCUGCACUAUACUUGUCUCCUACACACCUGCACUGUUUAGUUUCCUAACUCACCGCAUUGGCAAGAAGGUACCUCCAAGCAUCCACAUAAUUUUUGCAAGUUUGUACCUUUUGGUUCCUCCCACAGUCAAUCCCCUGGUAUAUGGUGUGAAGACCAAGCAGAUUCGGGACCGAGUGGUGGGUCUCUUCUUCCCAAACAGGAAAAUUUCUGAAAACUGA